AUGGAAAGUAAUAUUCAUUUAUCAAAUAGUGAUCAUGAAUUAGUGUUAGAUAAACGUGGUGCUAAUACUAAUACUAAUACAACUAAUACUAAUAAUAGUGUUAAUAAUACAAAUAGAUCAAUUUUAUUAAAACAUACAACCUCAUUACCAAGUGAAGAAGAUUCUAAUAUUGAUUUUAAUCAACAAAAUAAUCAAUAUCAUGAACAAUUUCAACGUGAUAGACCACAAUCAUUACGACCACGUAUGGUUACAAGAUCAUCGGUAAAUUAUCAUCAACAAUCAAAAUAUAAAUUACAAUCAAAUAGUGAACAACAACAUUUAAAUAAAAUCAAUAAAUCAUAUAAUAAUAAUAAUAAUCCUAUUCUAACACCAUAUAAUACAAGAAAUAAUAGUAUUCAUCAAUCAAGUGAUUAUAUUCCAUUAUUACAUAGUGAUAAAGCCUUAGUAACAACAACAACAACAACAACCACCACCACCACCACCAUCACCAACACCAACACCACAGCAACAACAAUCAAUAUUCCAAUUGAUAAUAAUAUGGAUUCACAAUUAUUAUCUUCAUCAAUUAGUCCAGAAUUCAUGGGGAAUACAUCAAAAGAUUCACAUAUUGAUGAUAUAUUAUUAACUAAUAAAAAUUCAAUCGUACAAUUAAAUAUUUAG